AUGUCUGAGGUUAUGUCUGAGGGUGAUCGUAUUCAACGACGUGAAAUAGAUAAAUUAGCUCCAAUUAGAGAACUUUUCGAAUUAUUUGUUGAAAAUUGUAAAAAAUGUUUUUCACCAUCAGAAUAUGUAACAAUAGAUGAGCAACUGGUCAAAUUUCGAGGAAGGUGCCCAUUCAGAGUAUAUUUGCCUAAUAAGGCAGCAAAAUAUGGUGUAAAAAUAUUUGCACUAGUUGACGCUAAAAUGAUGUAUACGUGGAAUAUGGAAGUUUACUGUGCAAAGCAACCAGUUGGCCCUUAUAAUAUUUCAAACUCUCCAUCUGAUGUAGUUAUGCGAUUGAUGAAUCCAAUUUUAGGAUCUGGAAGAAACUUAACAACAGAUAAUUGGUAUACCAGUAUUCCAUUGGCUGAAAAUUUAUUGAAAAAUAAAAUUACAUUAGUUGGUACGAUGCGGAAAAAUAAAAAAUAA